AUGCAGAUCCAUUUGUCAAUUAAAUUCGACUUCAAAGGCUCUAGUGAUUCCAUGCGACCGCCUUUCAUGCAUUACAAAGACCUGAGAUCUGUAUUGUAUUCUUCAAAUGUAGGUUCUAAAACUGAGAUUGGACUAGGUUGUUCCUGUUUUUUAUUUGAAAUCUGUAGCACUACAAGCUUUGGCUUACUUGAUCUAGGAACUAGUGUAAUCAUAUCUUCUUGUCCACUAGAGAUUGAAUCUGUUGAAGUUUUUCCUGAUGAUUCACGUGUAUAG